AUGCGUUGUGCAAUCGAUGCAGGAAUCGAUCAUUUCUAUCAGAUAAUCAAUAAAUCGCAAUUUUCUACAUAUUUUUUUCAUAUGCGUUGUGUUUUCCUCAUCAUAUUAAAGGUUGUUCAAUCACCAUUGUGCCUAAUAUCGAUCUUUUCGCCCUCUCUCCUUGGAACACGUAUUGAUCGGAUCAUUUUUCGUCUCAUUAUGAUAUUGUUCAUUACUUUACUACAUGAAGCAUUCCUUUGUACAGUACUUUACAACUUCUAUUUCCUUCAUUUCUGCAAAUUUCCCUUGCCACUCGACGGGGAUGCAGAGUGA